AUGGGCAAGUGGGUACUACGGAUCACAGGCGGCCUCGGGCGGUUAUGGACGGAUCAGGAAAGGGAAGGGUACAGGCCAUGGGGUCAAUUGAUUUUUUCGGCGACUACGGCGACUCUCAGGGACGGUCAAGGCCAGGCAAGACAGGGACAAUUUAAACAAAGGAAGAGGAAGAAGAAGAAGAAGAAGAAGAAGAAGAAGGACACAAACGGCAAAUGGCAACAGGACCGGGUCUUCAGUGCGUUGGUGAAUUGGAUGUACAUAAAAGACAGGGGGGUCGCAUCUCGACGUACUCAGGCGGACCGGAUGGAAGCCGUUACAAAACAACACAAAAGCAUUCAUGAUAUAAUAAUAUGGUGUUCCCAUCUGAUUGCUUGUCCAAAUGAGAAUCUGUGCAUGCUCCCCCAUAGCUAUUUCGUCAACACGAUGCAAGUUAAUAAGCAAGCUUGA